AUGGUUCUUAUUCGAGUGAGUUGGUUUAUUCAUAUAUACCUUGUCAUACCCAUUGUGUUGGCAACGCCUCCAGCUUGCGUUCUCUCUUGUGUCAAUGAGAUCGCUGCGCUUUGUCCCCGCCGCCAUAUCGACUUCGACUGUUAUUGCACAGACGUACCCCGGAUGGUGGGAUGCUUAGUGAAAGCGUGUCCCUAUGGUAAUUACUUAUCUGCUAGAGACCACUUCCUGGGUGUCUGCGAAGAAUUUUCAUGCGAUUAUCACAAACAGGGGAAAGGGCAUGGCCCCAAACAACAAUCGAUGUAUUCGAACAAAAGCUUCUACGACGAAGAGCAUGAUCAGAGGCGCGCUGUAGAGGAUCUCGGAAUGCGGUUCAAGGAUACGAUAGAACACGCUUCUGUAAGCCUCAACUGGGGUGAUCGCGAGGUGGCUCCUGUAACAGUUGCUACUAAGUUUUUGGAUGCAGAGUUUGCCAGCUCCCCUGACGUUGAUUACAGUGCGAUUGGUGAUGACUUUGUAGGAGCAAAAGACCCAGAACAAGAUAUGCAUGAAGAACAUAACGAGAAGGCAGGAGAAAAAGAAAGUGAUGAACAAGAGAAAGAAGAAGUAAAGGAGAAAGAAGAUGUUCAAGGGAAGGAAGAGAAAGAAGAAGUACCGGACGAAGAAAAGGAGACAGGAAAGGCUGAAGAUAAGCAGCAAGUCGUGCAACCAGAAGAAGAGGUAAAGCCAGAGCAAGAUGCACAACCAACUGAAGAAGAAAUUAAUCCGGUUGCAGGCGAUGAGACUCAAUAUCUCACUGAGAGCGACUUGGCUGAUAAUGCACCUGGGCAAGAUGUUGAAGAAAGCUUACAAAAUGGCAAGGGAGAGGACGAUGACGAGGACGAAGAAGUAGUGGAUGAGGUCUCCGAGGACACUUCCGAACCUGAAAGCACUAAGGCUGGGAAACACACUACAAGCAAUCGUCCCACUCCCACCUCAUAUUCGUCGUCAACUACCACUUCUACUUCCACGCGGCGCAUUGACAGAGACGCACUUGCAUACGACAGAGGUUGGUAUCGCCAGAUCAAGCACCAUUUCGAGCCAAUCCAGACAGCCCCUCUGAAGAAGAAACUCCGCAAUGGCGAUCUGAGUGAUUAUCUCUCCGCCAAGAAUCAUGUUCAACAAAAGAUUCAGAAAGCUAGACAAAAGCAGGCAGCCCUGGCCGAGGUCAAGAGACCCGUUCUGUACAGUUUGCCGAAAGUCAGAAACACCAAGAGUCGCAUUGUUUCAAACGCAGACAGUCGCGGGUAA